AUGGCUAGCAGACCUAGGGACAGCUUCCUAGAUCUAGAGAGACAUCGGAAGCUGCUCGAGGACAAUAUAAAGCAGCUGCGAGAUUCAUUGCGUCACUGGCAAACCUGGGAGGCUGAGUAUGAGGGUUUUAAAGAAGAAAUUUUGGCGGCAGAUCCAACGUCAAGCCAUGCUGAGCUGCUUUGCCUGGGCCGGGAAUACAAUGGCGAACUUGUCAGUCAGAAGGAGAUCGAGGAUAUUCUGGGCGUUGCCACCACCCGAACCGUUGCCCAGGUCGUUAAUCUGCUCGACAGGCGCCUAGACUACGUCGAGAGGAAUGUCCGCACGGUUCAGACGCAACUUGAAGCUGCGGAGAAUAGACUUGCAGCCGCAACGAUUAUAAGUACGCCGGAUGUUAGGAACGAGGAAGGCUUGCCGUUGACCGAUAUUGUCGAGGAGCUGGAUGAGGAAGGAAAUGUCAUUUCAAGCCACACGUCCCAGCCUGGGAGCGCAGAGUCACAACUGCUGGAGGCGCUUCGGAAAUCCGGAGUGGGCGAUAUACCAGAACGCCUCCUUCCAACAGGCUCGCCGAUUAACUCCACAUUUAAUGAAGAUACCAAGAAAAGCCCUCUAGAUGCAAGAAAACCCGCCACAAAGGCAGUACAAUUCGCCCCAGAUACGAAACCUGGCCCGGAACCCCAAAAGUCUCAAACGGCUAAGAGGAUUGAAGAAAUAAUGGCCAUUUCAAAACAUCAAAGUAUUAAACCCUCGGAACCUGCGAUAAUUCCCACCGACGAGUCAGCCGAGGAUGCGACUCUUCGUCAAGAGAUGCUACAAUACGGGCUGUCAGAAGUUGGAGCUGUGGUUGCGGAGCUGAAUCUUGAAGAGGGUAGCGAUUGGAGUGGCGAGGAUUAUGAUGAGGACGAAGCAAGUAGUAUGGAUGACGAAGAUGAAUUUGGCCGAUCUACUUGCCGAAGUGUUAGUGAUCAAUUAAGGCAAGAAAUGAUGGAGAUAGAAGAGCGGCUUGGCAGGAGAGUGGUGGGAAAUGUUGGCAACGAAUCCAGUGAUUACGAGACUACUACGGAAGGUAUUGGACGAAUCGCCAUAAAUGGAUCGGGCCAGAGUAGUAAUCCGGAACCGCCUGUCUCAGGACAACCUGCAGAUAACACCGCCGAUAAGUCAACACCAACUGCUGUUGUGAAAAAGUCUGUCCGCUUUUCAGAAAAUCUCGAUAUCGCGCCUGCUUCCAAGCCAGAUCCUGCCCCCCGGCCGACGAAGACAGCUCCAAUCGGUAAUAUUAUAGAGCGCGUAGCAACAAGUGUAGCUCCCGCAAUGUCGCAAAGGACCAGCACUGUACCAGCUGGGCCUGAAGGAAUGUCCCUAGCACCAAAUAUCAUCGAGCGCGAUGUGCCCCUUAAUACCUCGGCAGCAGAACCUGAUCAGUUUGAUCCCAAUUUACUGUAUCAGGAAGUAGCCACCGGGUAUCAUCGAGCACGCACCAGAAUGAUCCAACGCCAAGGAGGCUUUUUAAGAGAGGACGAGAGCGCGAUCGUGCCCUUGACCGAGGAGGAAGGUGGUCCUAAGAAAAUGAGUAGAUUUAAAGCCGCAAGGCUUGCGAGGUAG